AACCCUCUUCAUUUCCAAAACUCAUAACACUCUCUCUCAACGCAUUCAAUUUCAUUUCAAAGUACACUCAACAACAACAACAACAACAACAAAAAAUCUUCACAAAACUAUUCCAAUUUCUAUGAUAUUUGUUGAUAUUGUUCCAUCAUGUUAGAGAGUGGUAGUGGACGUGAUUCUGGAAUGAGUUUAGAAACAUUAAACUCCAACACACAACGAACUUCAUUAAGCAGCGGCAGUGAAAGCAUUUGCAGCACCAGCUUCAGCCGUCUCUCCUUCGACCUACUUCCAUCCUCCUCGCCGGAAUCUCUCUCCAUCAAACCUCAUCGUUCCUCCGACUUCGCCUACACCGCCAUCCGCAAAUCCGGCCUCACCUUCCGUGACUUCCAUCUCCUCCGCCGUAUAGGCGCCGGCGACAUAGGCACCGUUUACCUCUGUCGCCUCCGUGACUCCUCCUCAAAUGAACUCCUUUACGAUGAUAACACUUCCUUCUACGCCAUGAAGGUUGUUGAUAAGGACGCUGUUGCUCUUAAGAAAAAGUCUCAUAGAGCGGAAAUGGAGAGAAAGAUACUUAAGAUGCUUGAUCAUCCUUUUCUUCCUAGUCUCUAUGCUGAGUUUGAAGCUUCUCAUUUCUCUUGCAUUGUUAUGGAGUUUUGUUCCGGUGGAGAUUUGCACUCUCUCCGUCACCGCCACCAUCGUAACCGCUUCUCUCUUUCCUCAGCAAGGUUUUAUGCGGCUGAAGUACUGGUGGCAUUGGAGUAUCUGCACAUGUUAGGAAUAAUCUACAGAGAUUUAAAGCCGGAAAACGUGUUAGUCAGAUCGGACGGUCACAUCAUGCUCUCAGAUUUUGAUCUCUCACUAAUUUCCCAUGCAAUCCCAGCGGUUGAAUCAUCACCAGACAUUUCCCCUGAUGAUCCACCAGAAUUUACCUGCACUCGCCCACGUUCCAUUGCAACUCCCUUUGCCUGUCUUUCAAAGCAGCUUUUCCGGUCUAAAAAGGUUCAAUCAUUUCAAUCAAACCGGCUUUUUGUAGCUGAACCGGUUGAAGCACGGUCUUGUUCAUUCGUGGGAACACACGAGUAUGUUUCACCGGAAGUAGCUUCAGGAAACUCACAUGGUAACGCUGUUGAUUGGUGGUCGUUUGGAAUAUUCAUCUACGAGAUGGUGUACGGUAGAACACCGUUUGCGGGUCCUACAAACGAAGCAACGUUGCGGAACAUUAUUAAGAAGCCUCUAUGUUUUCCUACAGCCACGCCUUCAAGUGCGCUUGAAAUGCACGCGCGAGACCUAGUGUCUCGUUUGCUUAACAAAGACCCGAGCCGUAGACUCGGAUCAAAACGGGGUGCGGCUGAGGUUAAGUCGCAUCCCUUUUUUGUUGGGCUUAAUUUGGCGUUGAUUCGGAUGGUUACGCCUCCGGAAGUUCCUGGGUUAAGAAGGCAGAAAACGACGCCGUUAGGUAACGGUAGUAGAAGUUCCAGUAGACAGCAACCAGCGUCGUCUUUUGAUUACUUUUGAGAAUCUAACGUUGGCCGGUUUUUGCGCCACGUGUACGGUCGGUGCCUCUAGAUGUUUUUUAAGAUAAUAAAAUGGCGGAUGACGUAUAUAAAUAUGUGUAUAUUUAUUCAUGCUGCCUUUUUCUUUUUGUACUUUUUUUAUUAACUAAAAAUAUUAUUAUAGUUUAUAUUUAUAUUCACA